CGACCACAGAACCGCACAACAUGGCCAAGAAAAGGGGAAGGAAGGGCAAGAAGGGCAAAAAGCCGAAGGUCGACUGCAAGUUCAAGAUCACCAAUGAGAUGCUCAAGCCCAUGAACGAGAAUAUUGAUGACUGCGAUGGCUGUUGUCAAUGCGCCUGCGACUGCGACUGCAGUCCGGAGCUGGCUCCUUGCUUCAUCCAGCCGACCAGGCCGGAUCCUGGACCGGAGGCCUACGACGAGUUCGAGGCCUGUCUCAAUGGCAGUGGUUUGACCAUCCGAGUCCUCAAGAACACCCACAAGGUGGAGAGCGUCCUGGACGGCAGUGAAACGGCGCCCAAUCUGGGGGCCGACGAUGACCCCUGCUACCGGGAGGAUCCCAACGACUGCGAGCCCAAGCAGGAGUCCUGCCUGCACGAGAUGCUGCAGCGCAGCUCCUUCGCCAGGAACCACAUCAAGCGCAGAACCGGGGGCAGGAUCAUCAACCACCCGAACAUCCCCAAGGUGCGGGCCAACAUCAAGUACUCGGGAAACGACGCCUGCGAGACGGACAACUACUACGUGCCGUUCUCGAAGAUCAAGGAGGCCUGCGACGCCCAGGAGGCCAAGGUCGACUGCUACCGCCAGCGGCUGUGCGGCGGAUCCGAUCGCAUUGUCCCCGCCCAGUGUCCCGCCCAGAACCAGCGAUCCUGCUGCAUGCAGGUGGAGCGCAAGGACAUCAUGCAGACCAUGAAGGGCGUCAAUCUGGACACGAGGCGCAAGGGCAUCGAGGUCUGUUACAAGACCUGCGAGGAGACCGAUAGCGACGUGUUCCUGGUGAAACUGGGCAGCAAGGCCAAGUCGCAGCACAAGAAGAACACCAUCGAGAUAGAGCUCAGGACCCCCAAGCAACCCGUGACCCUUCCGAUCAGUAAGGUCACCACCGAGACCUAUGUUUCCGAGGAAAUGCUGGCAGGUGGUAAGAAGGGAAAGAAGAAGAAGAAGGGCAAGGGCAAAGGCAAGAAGGGCAAGGGCAAGAAGAAGUAGUAGCCCCAGCACUAUCCUAAGGCGAAACCUAAACCUUCAACCGGACAUGAUGCACACCUUUUCGGAACCCAUCCACUGGCUUUACACUCCAUAAAAUUCACAGCAGCUGUCUUUGAAAUUUGGUUUUGGCAAUUACCCUCUCGUACCAACCCGUUUAGUUAGACGCACGAAUACUAAUAAUUUCGACUAGAGUUACUUAAAUGUAUGAUUUGGAUUCAGUAAAAUCAACAAUUAAAAGUUAAAAUUUAA